AUGAGCGGAUAUGGUGGUCCAGCCGCGGCUGCGUGGCAGGAACAUCACACUCCUGAUGGCCGUGCCUAUUACUAUAAUAGUGCCACCAAAGUGACACAAUGGACCAAACCUGAUGAUCUCAUGACGCCUGCGGAGCGCGCGCUUUCGAGUCAACCAUGGAAGGAAUACACGGCCGAGGGCGGCCGAAAGUAUUGGUACAAUACCGAAACGAAGCAAAGCUCGUGGGAGAUGCCUGAUGCGUAUAGAAAUGCUAUGGGACAGAGUGGUGGCCAGCCAUCGUAUGGUCAGAAUGGUGGCCACUCUCACAGCAGCUACGAACAUCCUCGUGAGAGUCGCGACCAUCGUGACCCUCGUGACCAACGUGAUCAGCGUGACUUUUCUGGUCCCGAUUCACGCUAUGGAGGCUAUGGAAACGAAUCGAGGGCCCAGGCUUUUAUUCCAGCAGCCAGCGACGAACCUGAGUAUGCGUCCCCGGAAGAGGCAGAAGCCGCGUUUGUGAAGCUGCUGAAGCGGUGUGGCGUGCAACCCGACUGGACGUGGGAAGAUGCUAUGCGAGCUACCAUUAAGGAUCCGCAGUAUCGAUCAAUUCGAGAUGCAAAGGGCCGACGAGAUGCAUUCGAUAAAUAUUGCCAAGACGUGAUCGUUCAGGACAGAGAGCGAGCGGAUGAACGGAUGGCGAAGCUUCGCGCCGACUUUGAGACCAUGCUGAAACGACACCCCGAAAUUGUUCACUACACGCGCUGGAAGACAGCCCGGCCGAUGAUUGAGGGCGAGACCAUCUUUCGUUCGACCAAUAACGAAGAAGAACGUCGACAGCUGUUUGAGGAAUACGUAGUUGGGCUCAAAAAGGCGCACAAAGAGCGGCAGAUAAAGGACCGCAAGAAUGCCCUUGAUUCGCUCAAGGAUCUCCUUCCUCGGCUCAGUAUUAAGGCAUAUACUCGGUGGAGCGAUGCUCAAGAUAUCAUUUCCGCGGCGUUUCAAAAAGACGAGAAAUACCAGGCUCUCAACAAGUACGAUACUCUGGUCACCUUCCAGGAUCAUAUCAAAUCUCUUGAGCGCUCUCUAAACGAGCAAAAGCAACACGAAAAGAAAAUGAAGUAUCGGAGAGAGCGUAAAGCCCGAGACGCUUUCAAAUCACUUCUUUCUGAGCUUCGCAAGGAUGGUAAAAUCAAGCCAGGUGUAAAAUGGUCCGGCAUCCAGCCCCAAGUUGAGCGAGACGAGCGAUACAGAAACAUGUUGGGCCAUGAUGGCUCCACACCACAAGAACUCUUUUGGGAUGUUGUGGAGGAAGAAGAACGAUCCCUGCGAGGGCCAAGGAACGAUGUCCUGGACGUUCUCGAGGAUAAACGGUUUGAACUCACCCCAACGAGCGAUCUCCAAGAGUUCCUGUCUAUUAUGAAGGAUGAUCGACGCACUGCUAACAUUGACAAUGAUAUUUUGCAAUUGAUUUUUGAACGGCUUCGCGAAAAGCGUGCUGCCAAGCGGGACGAUGACAAACAGUCCGAUCGUCAACAGCGACGCGCCGUUGAGGAUCUGCGAGCACACUUGAGGCGCCUUGAUCCACCAAUCGUGUCUGGUGACACAUAUGAAAAGGUACGAUCUCGCCUACUGAAAUCAGAAGAAUUCCAGGCAGUCAGUUCCGAAGACCUCCGAAGAGGCGCUUUUGAUAAGCACAUGAGGCGACUUCGAGAAAAAGAAGAGGAUGACGCCGAUCGAGGGCAUAGACGAGGCAGCCGCGUCUCUACGGAGCGUGAAACCUCCCGCCGUGAAAGGGAGCGAUCUAGAGGUGAGAGAUCUCAACGUAGUACCCGUCCUGCCAGGCGCAGUCGCAGCCCGGAACAGGAUCCGUACGAAGCCGAUAGACGCAAAGCUAUUGCGGAAAGGGAGCGAAAUCACCGCAAGUCAACCAUGGCAGAAAAUCUCUUGACCAGCGACCGCGGCGGCCGACUGUCUCCGCCGCCACGACGAGAACGAGACCGUGACCGUGACCGCGAGCGUGAUAGAGAACGUGACCGUGACCGUGACCGUGAUCGAGAUCGGGAGCGAGAUCGUGAUCGCGACUCUGUGCGUGACCGAGAUAGGGAUCGGGAACGUGAACGAGACCGCGACCGUGACCGUGAACGUGAUCGCGACCUUGACCGACCGCCCCGUUCACGACGCGAUGAUGACAGUCACUACGACAGGGAGCGAAAAGAUCGGGAGGAUGAACGGGAGCGGCAGUACCGUCGCCGCAUUGAUCGAGGUUCGUAUGAUGAGCUCCCUUACGGAGAUGAGCGACCAUCAGGUUCACGACGCCGGCGACAAGAAGACGAAGACGAGACGUCUCGCAGAGAUUCAAGAGACUCAAAGAGACUCAAGAGAGACCGAUCCCGCGAACGAUCCCCAACCCGUGAGGGGCGUGCACGUCCCAAGACGCCGCCCGCGGCUCCUGCAAAGGAGGUCGUCAGAAGUGGUAGUGAGGAGGGAGAGAUUGAAGAAUAA